CAGAAUAAAAUGAAUAUUUAUUACCUAAACCUUUAACCUUUAAACGAUGUGCCAUAAUUUAUUGAAAACACUAAAUCAGAGAGUCAUUCCUUGUUAUAUUAAUAAAGUCAUGAGUUCCAGACAAUCUAGUGAUUUCUCAAAGUUCAGAGUUGCUUUAAAAUCGGCAAAAGAAAUAGUUAUCUUAUCUGGAGCCGGCAUUAGUGCAGAAUCUGGAAUACCUACUUUUCGUGGUGCUGGAGGGCUUUGGAGGAAAUAUCAAGCUUCGGCCUUAGCAACACCAGGAGCUUUUAGAGAAAGUCCAAGCUUAGUAUGGGAAUUUUACCACUACAGAAGAGAGGUGGCAGCAAAGGCGAAGCCUAAUGCGGGACAUUUUGCUAUUGCUAAAUUCGAAGAUAACCAUGGAUCCCAAAAAAAAAUUACAGUAAUUACUCAGAAUGUGGAUGGUUUACAUGCAAGAGCAGGAACGAAAAGAUUGAUAGAGCUUCAUGGAAAUUUAUACAAAACUCGAUGUACAAAAUGUAAGGAAGUAUUGGUGAAUAAUGACAGCCCUAUAUGUGAGGCACUUGCAAAUAGAGGAGCCCCAGAUUCUAAUAUGGUGGGUUCUGACAUUCCUGUGAAAUUAUUACCACACUGUAAAAAGGCUCAUUGUGGAGCCUUGCUAAGACCACACAUUGUGUGGUUCGGUGAAAGUUUAGAACAUGAUAUUUUAGAAGCAGCUGAACAUGCAAUGUCCACCUGUGAUGCAUGCCUAGUUGUUGGUACAUCAUCAGUGGUAUAUCCUGCAGCAAUGUUUGCUCCGCAAGCAGCUUCGAGGGGUGCAAUUGUAGCAGAAUUUAAUAUAGAACCAACACCGGCCACACCUGAUUUCCAUUUUUACUUCGAAGGACCUUGUGGUACAACACUGCCACAAGCACUGGCUGAUUAGCUUUUAAGAAAAAAUUAUGUAUGAAUUAUAUUAAUAUUUUAUUAUUAUUUCUGUUUGUUUUAAAAUAUUGUGUUAUUCCCU